ACAAUUCAAGUUAUUAAAGAACAAGAUACAUCUACUUCACAUGUCGUUUGCAUUGAUGAUAAAGGUAAUGCAUAAUUUAGUUUUUACUUUUGAUUGUUAAUAUUAAGAUUCAUCAAGAGAUUUUUAUUUUUUUAUAGAUGACAAUUUAAAAAAUCAAGUUAAUGAAAAACAAGAGACACCUGCCGAUAAUCACGAACGACAAGAACAACAAGAUGACAAUAUGAUGGGCUUUAAUGAAUCUAAAGUUCAAGAUCAAAGCGUUACUAAAGAUGAAUCUGAAGUUUGUAAGGAUGAUAAGGAUAUUAAAAACUCAACACCAGAUGAGAACCCUGACGUUAAAACUGUAAGUCAAAGUACUAAUAAAGAUGAUGGUACUAGUAAUAAACUUGAAGUCCAAAAAGACAAUUCCGAAGAUGAAAGUUUUACUGAUGUGGUAGAAGAAGUCGUUAUAGAAUCUUCAGGCGUAUCUAGUUCUCAAGAAGUUUCAGUAAAUAGUAUGCUAAAACCUUCAAGUAAUUUUGCACCUGUAAAAAAUAAAAAUAGUCAAAGUGGGUUGAUAUCCGCUGAGAAUCUUGAAAGGGGUUUAAAUGAUAAUAAAUCACCCUCUAAUGAUAAAAUAUAUAAUAAUAAAAAUAAAAUACCUAAAUUAAAUGUUAAAAAAAAUCCGAAAAAUGCACAGUCAGUCGAAAGUACGACAGAGUUGAUCUCAUCACCAAAUUCAUCCGUUAGUAAAGUUGUUCCUGCAAAGAGAUCUGUACCUGAUGAUUCAAAAACUUCCGGAGAUAUAUUGGGUCCAUUUUUAGAAUUGCUUGAUGAGAAUCGGAAGAAUGAAACUUUACUGAUACAAAAACAAUCAGCUACAAACAUUACAGAUGUUCCAUCAAAUUCUCGAUCAGAAAUGAUGAACUUACCUUAUUCUUCGAUGUCUUCGGAAGAACAUCUAAAAUACCUUCAGAUCGAGGCAGUGAUUUAUCGUAAUCCGGAAUUGGUUUCAAAAGAACAACGUAAUUUUUAUCAGAAUAUGUCGGAACGGGUCAUAAACGAACAAAAGAAUUUUGAGCGAUGGCAGUUUGAAAGAUCGAAAUUGUUUGUUGGUCAUUUGAACCCAUUGAUAGAAAAUAAAGUUAUGAACCACUUAAAAUACGGCAGGCAAAGUAAUAUAAAUAGAAUAGAAUUAACAAUUGGACUUAAUCCAGCCAGUCACGGGGAACCAGAAUUAAAAUUCAAACAAAAACUCAGUUCAAUCGAAAAGCCUUUUGAAUUUUCGAUUCCACCAACAGUAGUAAAUCAAAUUCCUUUUCAAUUAGAAAAGGAACUUUGGUUAAAUGACAUUCCAUCCGCUAAUACAUUAUCAGCAGAUUUUGCUAUAAAAGAUUAUUGGCAAAAGAUGAGAAUUCCAGUGGUUAGCCAGGAUCCAUUAAUCCCUGAAAUGCUUUCCAACCAUAAAGUUGACAUUGUAAUUUCUUCUGGUGGUCUUACUGCACUUGUUGGUUUAGCUGAGUCUACAGAUGUUGAUUUGGAAAUUCCGAUCAAGAUAGUUGAAUUUACCAAAGAGAAUUCUACUCUUAAAACAAUAUAUAUCGAUAAACCAUUUGUGAAAAAGAAAAUGACACCACGUGAAAUCAAUCAAGUUUACUAUAAUACAGCUUUUAAAAGUAUGGCUUUGAAAAUGAAUAAAGAUGGCGAAUUACAACAUUCUUCACACAACCUUGAAUAUUCACUUUGGAAUAUUGAUGAUAUAAGUAUUUUGAUACGAUGUAAAUCUGAUGGAUAUUACAGAGAUUCAGAUCAAAAGAUUCGUACUGUAGGAAUAAAAUCAAAAUUAGAUUAUCAGUUGGAUUACAACUAUGAAAGUAUCAGUUUUAUUGAGCAAUCGCGCUGGUGGAUUUAUUCGAUGAUACGAAAUAAAGCUGAUCUAAUGCUUGGUCGAAUCGAUGUUCCAAUGAAUACCCUAAAUAUGGUCGAGAGAGUAUCAGCAGAAAAUAUUCUCCCUGAUGAAAAUCGGGUGAAAUCACUUGUCAAAAAGUUGCACUACAUUUUUAAGCAAUUACAACGGUAUAUAUUAACGAUAUUUUAUGAACGAAUUCUUAUUUAACUGGAUUCUAAUUUUGCAAUUUUUGAUAUUUUUAAUUCUUAGCCAAUUAUUUCAAGGAUCAUAUAUCCUUCGUCACGAGAAAGGUGAAGCUUAUGCUGUAGUUUAUAAGAGCGUUGAAACUGCUGAAAACUACUCACUUACCAGCUCAAAGCUUACUGAGAUUGACCGUGAAACAAUAUCAUUUGUGCCAUUAGUAUGGAAAGGUCUACAAGCUCAGAUUAGAAAUACAUUUCCUUUUAGAACUGAGCAAACUCGAGGCCCACCCCAAAAAAAAUCAAAAAAGAAGUUCAACGUACCAAGCGAAAAAUCAAAAUCAAGGUCAAAAUCAAAAUCGAAAUCAAAAUCAAAGAAAAGUAA